AGAUCAAGUUAGAUUAGUUAAGGUUAUACGUACGGGCAAAUGGCAUGAAAUUGUAGAACUUACGAAGGCGACUUUGCCGACUCUUAUACAAAAGCUGAUAAUUCGCUCAUUGUCGCAACGGAUACGAUGAAAAAUACUAUUUAUAUUCUUGCUAAACAAUCAUCUAAUGUUAAUCGUAUUGAAAUUUUUGCCACAGAAAUUGGACAACAUUUUAUUUCAACUUAUUCACAUGUAUCCAAAGCUAAUGUUUGGAUAAGUAAACAUAAGUGGACAAGAAUGCUUGUUAAUGGAAAAUUACAUGAUCAUUCUUUUUUAAGAGAUGGUGAGGAUACUCGAAACACUAAAGUCGUUAUUACAAAGAAAGGUGGACCAAAAGAUGUGACUAUUGAAAUUGAGUCAGGCCUUAAGGAUAUGUUGGUGUUAAAAACUACCGGUUCAGCAUUCUACGGAUUCUUGAGAGAUAAAUAUACAACUCUUCAAGAGACUAAUGACCAUACUUUUGCUACACACAAUAGUUCUUCGGUGCAAGCAACUUUAUAUCUUAUGGCUAAAAUUGCUUUAGAAAAAUUUCAACAACUUAGUUCUAUUCAUUAUGAAUUACCAAAUAAGCAUUAUUUUACUUAUGAUCUUGAUAGAUUUGGAUUAAAAAAUACUGGAAAAGACACUGAUAUUUACUAUCCUGUAGCUGACCCAGUUUAAUAACUGCAACUAUUGCAAGAACUAAACCAAAAUUGUAAUUAGAUACAAUAAAUAAUU